AUGGCGCUCAACACUUCUCGCACCGCCUGGUCGACAUCCAGACAAGCUCUGCGCCCCUUCAUACCCGCAGCUGCCCGGCCAGCAUGCCGAGCGAACCACCAAAUAGCACGGCACCCGACCGCCCUGGGAGAGAAGAAUGACCUCUUGAACGAGCCCAUAUCAGAGGCGGACAUAGGAGGCACGGCCAAGGUGGUCACGACUUUCUACGAGCGAUUUCUUGGGCGCAACGGCUCGAAGCUGCUGCCGGAAGAGAUCAAGUGGUUGGCAGUUACACACAAGAGUUUCGAUUUCGGCCGGAGAGGAUUCAACACGAGAUUGGCCUACUACGGUCGGCAGAUAAUCGUCCUUGAGGCCAUGAACGAGAUCAUGACCUCCCCCCGGGUAGCAGAUGAAUACCUCGGCGACCCAUGGAAACGGAAACACUACGAAUCUCCCGCCCUUCAGAACGUCGACAAGCUGAGCAUGACUCGGCCACAAGACAUGGUUUCAGUAUCAGGCCUGGCCUCUGUUGGAUUGAACAACCGGCUCAACGAAGUAAUGCGUUGGAAGCCAAGGAACCCCGACAAUCUGAAAGGGUCAGGUAUAGAAACGGUCCUCGCCACAUCCAUCUUUGCUAUCAUUGGUGCUGUGUCUCUGCAGCACGGAGCGGAAGCUGCGAGCAAACUUGCUCGUGAGAAAGUGAUCAGGCGGAUAAAGCAAUGA